UCAAAAGCAACUUCUUCCAGCUUCCAUCAUCUCCUUCAUUCUCUCUCUCAAAGUCAUAUAGAAUCAAUGGCUUCUUCUCCUUUGUUAAUGGCUUUGCUGUUAGCAUUAGCAGCAGUAGCUUCAGCUCAGCUAUCUUCAACAUUCUAUGAUACUUCGUGCCCAAACGCUCUUUCAACCAUUAAAGCCGCAGUUCAAUCUGCUGUGGCGAAUGAGAAAAGAAUGGGGGCGUCGCUGCUUCGCCUUCAUUUUCAUGACUGCUUUGUCCAAGGUUGUGAUGGCUCAGUUCUAUUGGAUGAUACUUCCUCGUUCACCGGAGAGAAGACUGCCGGACCAAAUCAAAACUCACUUAGGGGUUUUGAUGUGGUCGAUAAUAUAAAGAAACAAGUUGAAGCUGUUUGCAAUCAGACUGUCUCAUGUGCUGAUAUUCUGGCCGUUGCUGCUCGUGAUUCCGUCGUUGCGCUUGGCGGGCCAACAUGGACAGUGAAACUUGGGAGAAGAGACUCAACCACAGCCAGCUUGAGCCAAGCCAACAGCGACAUUCCCAGCCCAGCUUCAAACCUAAGUGCUCUCAUUUCAUCUUUCUCGAAGAAAGGCCUCUCCACAACAGACAUGGUUACCCUCUCUGGAGCUCACACCAUUGGCCAAGCGAGAUGCACAGUCUUUCGAUCUCGUAUCUACAAUGAGACCAACAUCGACGCUUCGUUCGCAAGCUCUGUGAAGAGCAACUGCCCCAGCACAGGCGGAGAUAACAAUCUCUCCCCUCUUGAUUUGCAGACUCCCACAACGUUCGAUAACGACUAUUAUAAUAACUUGGUGAACAAGAAGGGGCUUAUGCAUUCAGAUCAGCAGCUCUUUAAUGGCGGAUCCACUGACUCUCAGGUGAGCAGCUAUAACUCCAACCCUUCGAAGUUUGCCAGCGACUUUGCGGUGGCGAUUGUGAAGAUGGGAGAUAUCAGUCCUCUUACAGGAACCCAAGGGCAGAUCAGGCUGAAUUGUAGGAAGACCAAUUAAGAUUGUUUAAGCUAUGAUUUUGCGUGAGAAUUAUAGUUUAUAGGAAAUAUAUGUUGUUCUUUUGUCUUAAAUGUUCUAGUUUUAUGAGUUUAGGUUGGUGUCUUUCGAGGCCUAAGCAAUGGGCAUUAGGAAGAUGUAAUAUUCUGAUUUUGUUCUUCUACCUUUAGCAAGAGCAAAGGUAGCGAGUUAUAAGCUUUUAUUAAUAUGCAAUAAAUAAAUUAUGGUGUUUUUCUUGCAAUAAAA